AUGGCAGGAUCAACUGUCUUCCCGCCACAAGAGGUGGUCCCCUACACUCCUCGAGUCUCGGACAUGAACAUGGCAGGAAAAGUCACCGUUACUACUUUUGCUUUAGAGUCACCCAAGUGUGUCUUUGACUCAUUCAUCAAUGCCUCGGACACCAUCUGGUUGGUAAUAACCUUCGCUAAUGCCACAAGUAACUUCAAGAACCCCACAUCCACACAGCAAAUUCCAUCGUAUGAAGAUUUAUAUACCACUUAUGCCUUCAUGACAAUGAAAUCCACCCUCUCCCAAUACCCAUGUACUAAAGGCAAAGCGACGAACGUGCUCCGGGUUGGCAAUGAAUCAUCCUGCAAAAAUGAUGACAGCAGGACCCCCUGCAAUGGUCCUCUGCCCUCUACUGGACCUUACAGAGUAAAAUUCCUCGCCAUGAACUCCUCGGGUUCGACAGCAGAAACAAGAUGGUCUUCCCCGAUCUGGCUGAAUAAAGCUGAAAUCUGGAAAACAAUAGACACUUGGCCUGGACGACGUAGUGGAGACAUGAUUGUCAUCACUGUCAUUCUCUCUGCUCUCUGUGGAAUUGUCACCAUUGGCUUCUUGAGCACCGUCUGUUAUGAAUGCUUCAAGCGUUGGCGCCACGAUCCAUCCGAGAAUCAAGAGGAGCAGCGCCCGGACCCUUUCCAAGGAAGCAGCUAUGACACCCACCACAUUCCCCCUGCCCCACCUGUGCCCUCUCCUCCACCACCUGCUGCAGAUAUGCCUGGCCCUCAUCUCACCCCUUAA